GUACGUGCGUUACUUAUAUUAUUGUUAUCACACGUUAUCAUAUUUUAUCACAUGUUAACGUAUAUUAUCACUGAUAUCAUAUAAUUUUCCGUUGUCGUGAAAAAAACUGCAAAAUAACCGCCCGGGAUUCGAACCCGGACCCACCAGCUCCAACGUGAAUUAAUUACCAAUAGGCCACCCCAACCACUUGAGUACUAGAUGUUAUUUUUACCCAUUUAACUUUAUAAAUAAAUAUAAAAAUAUUUAAACCGCAGUAUACUGGUCAUAUUAUAAUAUCAUUAGGAUACUUAUAACUUGCAGCUGCGUACACAAAUAAUAUCGAUGAAUACACCAUAUAGGAGACAUUAAGUAGGCAUUAGUGAAUAGCCGUUAUUAAGUCUAAUAAUUGUCGCAGGUAUUGACACGUCAAUCAAAUAAAUACAACAAUAUAUUGCCAUUAGAUAAAAUGCCAUUAGGAUUAUUCGAUAUGUUAAUUUCGAAAUUCGCACGACUCGUGUCGCCAGGAUGUGAUAUACUUAUUGAUAUUAAAAUAAACAUUUAUUACACUAAAGGUUUUAUUUAAUGAAUGUUAAGAUAUUAAUAUAUAUUAUUCACCGGCUCCGUUCUUAAUAGCCGCCUCUCACCAUUGUCACCACUAAGCGGUAGACAUUAGUGUCAACUAUAUAGCCACCAUAUGAUGUCUAUACAAUAUACAUCCGUUCACUAACAAAAUCGUAUACUCUUAAUAUACCCAUUAUAUGAUAUCCGUAAUUAAAGAAGAAUACAUUAGUGAAUAACCGAUAUUAAGUCUAAUAAUUGUCGCAGGUAUUGACACGUCAAUCAAAUAAAUACAACAAUAUAUUGCCAUUAGAUAAAAUGCCAUUAGGAUUAUUCGAUAUUCGCACGACUCGUGUCGCCAGGAUGUGAUAUACUUAUUGAUAUUAAAAUACCUAUUUUAGUGAAAAACACAUUAUUGUCCGAUAUUAGUACCUUCUGCCGGACGUAGUCUAAUAUCAAUUAAGUAUCAAUACCCCUACUACCUAUUCAAAUUCGUCUUUAUAUAUUCUGAAAGAGCCAACAGUUCUUCAGUACGUUAUUAACCGUUGUACACGUAUACGCUCCGUCUCUAAAAAUUUUAGUGAGUUUAAAAUUUUUACAAGUGUUUAAACAUUUUAUUAUUUUUCUUUUCGUUUUCAUUUUAAAUAUGUUUAAAUGCGAACAGUGCCCAUCUACGUUUACGCGUAAGGACAAUUUGGUCGUCCACCAAAAGAAGCAUGCAGGUGUACGUUUUCCGUGCACUGCAUGCCCAUCGACAUUUUCGUAUAAAAACAACCUCAACAAGCAUCUGAAGAACAUUCAUGGUAUCGUUCCGGCUCACCUCAGACCAUUGCCAGCUGCUCCGAUCAUAGAUCAACCAGCACGACCUAGCGUCAUCCAGUUCGCGCCUCGUAUUGUUGCCCCCGAUAGCGCGGCCAAUGACACAUGCAUCAUAAUAGAAGAUGAGGACACAGGUAUUAUACGCGCUCGACCACUGCAACGAGGUGAAAUAGAGAUCGCCCCGAAUAUUAUAGUACCAGAUAUACCCGCUGGUCCCUCAUACGAGCUUCAACAUCAGUCGAAUAUGCCAAACGAUGGGUAUGAUGAUAUGUGCGUGGCAGUUUUAGAAAAUGCUCAAAAUAAAGGGCUAUGCAAAGCGUCAGAUUCUUAUACGACUUCGGUGGGUGGCAAACGCAUUUCCAUCGCCAACACAGUGUCAGCUGUUAAGGCGAAAAAGGCUCGUAUGGAACUGGUUAGAUCCCCGGGUCUUAGAGAAAUUUCAUCGUCUGGAAAACGUAGAAUAGUGUGGUAUUUCGCGAAAAAUCUAAAUAAUAUUAGAAAUUAUCCCGACUUUCUCCGUUCUCUCCAACCGGCUCUGACAGACAGGCUAAGGACGCACGCGCAGAGACAUCCAAUAAAAUUUAGCUUGAAGCUCGAGGCUACGUAUAACCGACCAAACGUACCUAAUUCAUCUGAAAAUCGAGCGUUUACAACAUCAGCCAAAGAAAUAUUUAGGGGUACAAAAAUCGAAACAGUAGUUGAAGAAUCUUUUAUGAAAUUAUUAGCUGAGGAAGACGCUUAUGUUUCUCGUGGUAGCGGGUUUACGUUAGAGUCCAUCGAUGGUUUACUACUAGCCGUUUAUAAGUAUACACCAAUAUCUGGUUCAUCAUAUAUACAAUUACCAAAAUCUAUCAUAGAUAAACGAGCAAUAAUAAAUCCUAAAAAUACAGACCAACAGUGUUUUAAAUGGGCUAUUUAAGCAAAACACGUCGCAGGACAAAACAAAUUUCGUGUCAAUGAAAAUUAUACCGAGCAUGAGGACAAAUAUAUUUUUAACGGAAUUUCAUUCCCGACACCGCUGUCAGAUAUUACCAAGUUCGAAAAAAAUAAUCAGAACGUUUCUGUAAAUGUUUACGGACUUGAAAAACGAUUACAGCCACCGAAAAAGUAUCCUUCAUAUGAGGUUUUCCCACUCAAAGUCGUAGAUGAUGAAAAACGGGAUCACUUUGACUUAUUAUUAGUGACGGAUGGUAAUAAUACACAUUAUACUUACAUCUCAAAUUUUUCGAGAUUACUCCGUUCGCAAAAAACUAGUCAUGCAGGUCAAGUUAUAUUCUGUAAACGUUGCUUUACAUCGUUCGACAGACAGAAUUUAAAGUAUAAGUUAAGCGGGAAGGCGGCGCUUGAACAUCACAGGCUAAUAUGCGGACCACAUAAACCCAUACGACCUAAAAUGCCAAAAGAGGGAGAUGUGCUACAAUUCACCGCAUGGCAAAACGCGCAGAGACAUCCCAUAGUUAUAUAUGCCGAUUUCGAGGCUCUACUUGUAAAGACCGAAGAGGAAAAGGGGGGUAAUACAACAAUUAUACAAAAACACCGUCCUAUGAGUUACGGAUUUUUAGUUAAGGCGUCUGAAAAUGUUUCAAUAGAGUUGUUAACACAAUUUAACAUACCGAUUGGACCAGUUAUAUACCGAGGUAGUGAAAGCAGGCAAGACGUGGCAAAACAUUUUAUACAGAAUAUCACUGACGUUGCCGAGAAAAUAGAAAAAUUAUUAAAGACAAACAUUGCUCUGACCAUGACCGAUGAAGACACAGCUAAACAUAAUUCAUGUUUUAAAUGUAAUUUAUGCAAAUGUAGUGUUGAUACAUACACCCGUGUCCGUGAUCACGAUCAUUUGACUGGGAAAUUCAGACAGACCUUGUGUAGUCGGUGUAAUCUAAGUCUUAAACAACCAAAUUACGUUCCAGUUUUUAUCCACAAUCUAUCCAACUAUGAUGCACAUUUCAUUGUAACCGAACUAGGUUAUAAUUCAAAAAGAAUAAAAGUAAUUCCGAACAGCGAGGAGAAAUACGUUACUUUUUCAAAAUAUAUAAGUAACGAUUUUACCAUCAGAUUCGUGGAUACUUUUAGAUUUAUGGCUACAAGCCUAUCAACUCUCGCCAACAAUCUAAUAACGCCAAACUUGGAAAAAUUCCGUAUAACGGCAAAACAUUUUUCCAACAAUGAUUUACCGCUCGUCACCCGUAAGGGUGUAUAUCCUUACGACUUCACUGAUGAUUGGUCUAAGCUCGAACAAACCUCUUUGCCGCCUAUAGAAGAUUUUUAUAGCGUUCUGACAGAAGAACAUGUUAAAGAUACGGAAUAUCAGUUUGCGGUAGAAGUUUGGAACCACUUCAAUUGUCAAACGCUGGGCGAAUAUUCCGAUCUAUAUUUAAAAGUUGAUGUUUUACUUCUGGCGGAUGUUUUUGAAAAUUUCCGGGACCUUUGCUUGAAUACAUACCAUUUAGACCCGGCAUACUAUUAUACAGCACCGGGGUUCUCUUUCGACGCAAUGUUGAAAUACACGGCGAUAAAACUAGAAUUACUGUCGGAUUAUGAAAUGCUUCUCAUGUUUGAAGACGGUAUUCGAGGUGGACUGACACAAGCCAGCAUGCGGUAUGCAAAAUCAAACAACGAAAAAACACCAGAUUACAACCCGGCAGAUCCGAAAUCAUGGCUUGUGUAUCAGGAUUGCAAUAAUCUUUACGGCUGGGCAAUGUCUCAGUUUAUGCCCUACGGAGAUUUCAAGUGGGUUAAACCAUCACUCGACGGCUUAUACGAUUUGACUGAGGAUUCGCCCAUAGGACGGGUUUACGAGGUUGACAUUGUUUAUCCGAAAAAUUUACAUAAUAAACAUAACGACUUACCAUUCCUGCCACAAAACAGCGUACCACCAGGUUCAAAAGUACGCAAACUCAUGGCUACAUUUGAGCCUAAGAAAAAUUAUAUUAUUCACUAUCGAAACCUCCAGCAAGCCUUAAACAAUGGUCUCAUAGUUGAAAAGGUGCAUAGAGUUAUUCAAUUCAAGCAAUCACCUUGGCUUGCCCAGUAUAUUGAAUUAAACACUAAUAUGAGGAAAAAGGCGGAAAAUGAAUUUGAGCGGGAUUUCUUCAAAUUGAUGAACAAUGCUGUAUUCGGAAAAACGAUGGAAAACGUUCGUAAACGUAUGGACAUGGAGCUUGUAUCGUGCAACCGACGUUUGCAGAAAUUAAUUAACAGAUCGACAUUUAAAUAUUCCACCACCUAUACCGAAAACUUAAACGCAGUAACAUUAGAAAAAAAAAUCAUUGAUUUUUGUAAACCUAUUUAUAUCGGUCUCGCGGUUCUUGACAUAAGCAAGAGUUUAAUAUAUGAUUAUCAUUAUAACGUAAUGAAAAGCCACUAUGGGGAUAAAAUCGAGUUGAUGUAUACCGACACAGACUCACUGGUAUAUUUUAUUCACACUGAUAAUUUCUACGAAGACCUUAAAAAUAAUAACAACUUGCUCGAACGAAUGGAUACUUCCAACUUACCGGAGGACCAUCCAUGUUACAUUGCCGAACGACAGAAAAUCCCAGGUCUGUUUUCUGAUGAGACGGAUGGGCUCAUAAUGACUGAGUUUUGCGCGCUGCGAGCAAAGUCAUAUUCAUACAUUUUGAAUGGUGAGGAGAAGAUCAAAGCCAAGGGAAUUAGAAAACACGUUGUAAAGAAUCACAUGACGUUCUACGAUCAUAAAAAGUGUUUGUUUGACGAGGAAGAGGAGGGGGAAAAUAAAAGAGAAAAUGUCUCCAUCCGCUCUUUCAAGCAUCAACUGAUGACGAUAAAAUCGAACAAAUUAACGUUCAAUAACUUCGAUGAUAAGAGGGUGGUGCUGCAAGAUAAAGUGCACACACUGGCUCACGGACAUUACUCUCUAAAGGAAGAUGAACCCGAGGAUGAUUGGCCUGAAUUAGAUGAAGAAGGAAAUAACUGGAAGGAGGAAGAGAAAGGCUUAAUGAGAGACCUUCUACACUGCAUAACCUAACCUGUAUAUAGUUUUGUGAUAUAUUGUAAAUAUUACUCUUGAGAUAUAUUUCUAUUA